AUGGAACUACAAGCUGCAGUUAUGGGUGUUCGAUUAAAAGAAAGCAUCAUCAAAUGCCACGAAGUCAACUACGUCGCUAAUCGAGUGGCAGAGAUUUUAGAAUACAGCAAACUCAACGACUGGCGAUGGUGUCCAGGUUCGUUAAACCCUGCGGACGAAGCGACGCGAGCAAAAAUACCACCAACUCACAAUAGUAAGUGGAUAAGUGGUCCAGACUUUCUGCAUAAAGACGAAGAGGAGUGGCCAGAUAACUCGGACAUGCAGAGCUCUGAAGACCAUAGCAAUGAGGAGAUACGAGCUAACUACUCAGCCUUCGCAACCCAUCGGACUGAAAUGUACGAUGGCGUGGGUGUGGCGAUUUGUAAAAAAUCUUAA